GUACAGUCCAUCCUAUAAGUAUUCGUACUUUUCUAAGUCUAUCGAAGAAAUUUGCCUAAAUUAAAUAACAGGUUUACGAAUCGUUCACGAAUUAACUUUUCAUUUGCUAUGACAUAACUCAAGUCUCUGGUGGUUUUUAUUUUAUUUUUUAAAUUUUCAAAUUACACUUUUUUAGAAAGUUAUGAAUACACGUACAAGCCAGAGUACUUGGUUCAGCGAUUAUAAUUUGUAUUAUCAAAGGUCAAUACAAUUUGAUUUUCUGAAGCGCUCUAAGAAGCUUCGUCCUCUGCGCGUUUGCACCACUAUAUUGGCACCACUAUAUUAUUUACUUGUACUAUUUUUAACAAUACCGGUACCUGCUUUCGAGGAAUGCGAAACGUUAGAGCGAUUAAAGGCCGGGAAAAUCACAUGACAUAUUUGUGUCAGAUAAGAGUAGUAUUUAAUCAGUCGACUGGUUAUCAAUCGGCUCGAACAAUUAUCGUGGAUUUUGGUUUUCUGUCGAUACACACAGGAAUGUACCGUUGCGAGCUAAAUGUGAUAAGAUGUUAUACAAUCAGUCUGAUAAAUAUAAAGACAAGUUUGAUGUUUUCAAAUAAAUGAUUUAUUAUAAAUACGUAUACGAAAAACGAUAAAAUCUCGAUUCGAUGUGCGAACGGCAUAAUGUUAAUAAAAAAUAAAAAUAAAAAAGGAAAAGUAAUUCAAGACACAAUAAUUUUGAUCAGAUCAUGGAUACGCUGUACCCCAAUCUGUACGAGAGAUUCAAAAGCGAGGGUCUAUGUCCGAUCUGCCUGAUGGAGAUGGAACUCGCGCCCCGUUACACCUGCGAAAAUCAGCACACGAUCUGCUACCGUUGCAAGCCCUAUUAUUACUCCUGUCCCACCUGCCUAUCGCCAUUUAGCGUGGAGAUGCCAGCUUCUCAUGUCAGUGCGUCUUACGUACCGCCACCCACUCAUUACCUGCCUCAUCCAUUUCCGCCGAAAUUCCACGACUACAAUCCGAGUGCACCGUCGGACGAUUUUCUCGGCCAAGAGAGAACCAGGUAUCCACCUACGCCGCACGAGGAUCAGGAACCGAGGUCUUGCUCGUAUACUGAUCUAGGAUGCUGGGUGAAAGUACCGGAACACUUGGCAGAUCUGCACGAAUCUCGAUGUCAAUUUCGGCCUCACUUAGAGGAAGAGAGCCUUCCCACGGACGUGGCACAUAUACACGACGACUUGGUCGAGUGCAAACAUCGGAUCGUCGGCUGUAAAGUGAAGACGUCGCCCUGGAGAAUAGCCAUUCACGAGAAUUACUGCGCUUACAAGGCCCGUUUCGAGGCGAUCAGCGACAUCACCGAGACGUUGGACCACGUAACCAUCACGGACGACUGCCACGGCGAUUCGGAGGAAUUGGUGGAGUGCAAGUUCAGAAAGUACGGUUGCAUGGUCAACAUGCCCAGAAGACGGAAACAUUUGCACCAGGAGAAGUGCAAUUAUAAACAAUAUUAUCGAGAGGACGACGAUUCCGUCCACUCGUCCGAAAGCGAGUACGAACCCGACGAGCAAGUCGCUUGCAAAUGGGCCGAACAUGGCUGCAGAGUGAGACCCAAACGCAGUCGCGCGGAGCAACACCAAGAAAAGUGUAAUUACAGAAUGGAGGAAUGCACCUUCAAAGAUAAUGGAUGCUCCGCUGUGUUCCAUCCGUCCAGAAAAUACGCUCACGAGAGAACCUGCGAGUUCUGUGAUUAAAUUUUCACGUUUAAAUUAAAAUGCUUUCGAACGACGUGAAUUAUUGCAAGGAAUUAUUUCGUUGAUGUUCGCACGAAAUGAUAAAAAUAUACUGUCGGCUUAGAGGGUGAAAUAAAACUUUACGACCAGUGCUCGAGACCGGAACGAGUAUUAUGUCAAAGGCUUCUUUUUAGAAAAUUGUGAAUCAUGAGACGUGAAUACGAAAGGAUUAUUCUGAUUUAUGAUUCGGAGUUAUAAUGUUCAAUUUACUGUUUCAUUUGUUAAAAUCACUCUACUUUAUUCGAAAAUAUUCAAAUUUGAAUAUUUUAUAGAUGCUUCACUGGUAGGAAUGAACUUUGAAUAUUAUUAUUCGGAUAUUAAAUGAAAAUGAAGCAUAAGAUAUUCUCGAAUAUCCAAUUAAUUAUUUUAAUUAUAUCUGUCAAAUAUUUGAAUCAUUGAGAUUUCCUAAUAUUUAAUUACAAACAAA